GAAAUGUAUUAGAAAUAACGAAAGAUCAAAUAGAUAAAGUACGCAAUUCUAAAGAAUGGUGGAAUACACAUGAUACAGUUUAUUUUAAUCAAGAUGAUCCCACUCGAGAUGAAUUUUGUGUCAAAGAUCCUAAUCAGAUAUUAAGUUGGGUAAUAGUCAUCUAUGACGGUGAUAAUAAACCAGAAGAAUAUGGACUCACUACAGAAUUUAGCGACACAAAAUAUCAUUACUCAAAAUAUUCAUGGGCUUAUCCGUUGGUCGAUAAAUCAGCUGGUGGUGUUACCAAAAAACUGCGUGAAUUAUGUUUUACAUUUGGUCCACCAAAACUAUUACAUUCGGAUAAUGGUGCCGAAUUCGUCGCCGAUGUCAUCACUGCAUUAAAAUUAUUAUUUCCUGAUAUGUGUUAUAUUAGAGGCCGGCCAAGGCAUCCACAAAGCCAAGGUUUGGUAGAAAGAGGUAAUGGUGUGCUUUGUGAUUCUUUAGGUAAAUGGAUGUCAUCAACGAAUUCGGAGCGUUGGUCAGACGGUCUGCUGCCUGUUGUGUAUGGAAUAAAUACACGUGUAGCAUGUGGUAUUAAAUGUACACCAUAUGAGGUAAUGUUUGGGAAGAAGUCUCGUUCAGAUUCAGAUUUUUGGCGAAUUAUUAAAGAUCAAAAUGUUGAAGAUGAAGAAAUGUUACCAGUGCCGGUGGAAGCACAACAAGAAUCAGAUGAAUCAACCAACGACUAUGCACUUAUUGAUGAAGCAUUAGCAGCAGCAAAUUCUGUUUCAGGCAAUGAAGGAGACGGUGAAUCCCAAUACGAUGACUUCUUUCCAAUAAAUAAUCAAUCUGCACCUUCAACGCCCGUUCCUCUUCAAAAGAAACGAAAAUUGUACGAUGAACAUUUAACACAUAAAGCAGAACAAUACAAAGUAGGCGAUUGCGUAGGUAUUAAAAUUAGUGAAGUUGAUCGAACAAACAUUGAUGUUAAACUGCUGCCAUGUUUAAUUCUUUCAAAGGAAAAAAAAGAUGAUGAUUUCAUUUUUAGAAUUGCAUGCAAAUUUGGUAAACUUGCGAUCUCGUAUACGAUUGACAGCUUGAUCGAUUUGCGAUCGGCAUGGUCAUCAGAUUUAAAACUAAAUGAAGUGAGUCCCCUUGAUAAAAUAACAGUAAUCGAAGCCGCAAAAUUAUUGGUUCGUGGUACUGUAUCCGGUACUAUAUGCGAUUGUAAGACUAAAUGUGGGACGAAACAUUGUCCAUGUAGAAAAGUAGGAGUGACAUGCUCAACAAAAUGUCAUGUUAAACAUCGUGGAAGUCUGAAUUAA